AUGCCCAGAGCAGCAGCCCACGCGGGAAGUCCUGCUUCCUCCCUUCGCUGUCUGCCCUUCCCCACAGGUUGUUUUGUCUCAGUGCUGACAUCUCCCCAGCUAGAAGAGGAGACCCUCAAAGGUGCACAGGUGGAUUCGAUUAUAAUGCUGGUGAAUAUUAAAUGCGUUUUGGUGAAACACUCAACCAGUACAUACAUCUUUAAUAAAUGGCUGCCUCUGGGGAAUGAUGGCUGUGUGAGCGCCCGCCAUGCCCCACCAGAAGAGUCUACCGUGGCCCCACCAGAAGAGUCUACCGUGGCCCACCAGAAGCGUGAGAGCGCGGGGAGCAGCAUGUUGGACCACAGGGCAAGGCCGGGUCCUGUCCCCCACCACCAGGAGCCCGAGAGCGAGGACGUGGAGCUGCCCUUGGAGGGCUAUGUGCCCGAGGGCCUGGAGCUGGUCGCCCUGCGGCCAGAGAGCCCCACGCCCAAGGAGCAGGAGUGCCACAACCACAGCCCCGAUGGGGACUCCAGUUCCGACUACGUGAACAACACCUCUGAGGAGGACGACUAUGACGAGGGCCUCCCUGAGGAGGAGGAGGGCAUCCCCUGCCACAUCCGCUACUGCCCCGAGGACGAAAGCUACCUGGAGGGCAUGGACUGCAACGGGGAGGAGUACCUGGCCCACGGCGCGCAUCCUAUGGACACUGACGGGUGCCAGGAUGCAGUGGACUGGACGGCCUGGGCGGGCCUACACCCCCAUGGUCACGGGGCUAAAGGCAGCCAGGACUACCCUGAUGGCCAACUGCCCAACACGGAGGAUGUGUCCUCCGUCCUGGAGGCCCACGACCAGGAAGAAGACGGUCACUACUGUCCCAGCAAAGAGGGCUACCAGGACUACUACCCUGUGGAGGCUAACGGGAACACCGGCGCUUCUGCCUACCCCCUGAGGUGCGGGGACGGGGACCUGGAGGACCAGGAGGAGGACAUCGACCAGAUCGUGGCAGAGAUCAAGAUAAGCCUGAGCAUGACCAGCAUCACCAGCACCAGUGAGGCCAGCCCCGAGCAUGGGCCUGAGCCAGGGCCUGCAGACUCUGCAGAGGCCUGCCCACCCAUCAAGGCCAGCUGCAGCCUCAGCAGGCAAGAGGCGAGGCCCAAGUCGCUGAACCUCCUUCCCGAGGCCAAGCACCCCGGAGACCCCCAGAGAGGCUUCAAGCCCAAGACCAGGACCCCAGAAGAGAGGCUGAAGUGGCCUCACGAGCAGGCCUGUGGACCUGCGGACCUGGCGUAUGUGGUCGUGGGGCGUCUUGCCUAUCAGUCCCACUCUCCGGGGUACCUGGUGUCUGAGUCUAGUGCCUCUGCAGGGUACUGUGGGACAAAUUAG